AUGGACAAUAAUGACGGAACGACAAUACAACUUAUUGAGAAUGGGUUAAUGAUUACAGAUCCUAGCUCAGUAUUCAAUAACUAUUUUACGACCCCGUCUGUUGAAGAAACAAUCUUAAACUUGACUGAACAAGAUUUUGAGAAUCAUAUUAGUGUACGGGCAAUCAAGGAACAAUGUCAUGAUUUGUAUUUCUCAUUCCAGCAAAUAAACAUGGAGCUCGUUAGCAACCUUUUGUUAAACUUAAAUGAAAAGAAAGCUAGUGGGCCUGACGGUUAUCAACCAAAGUUACUUAAAGCCUCAGCUCCUGCAAUUGCUUUGCCACUCACUAAUUUAUUUAAUUAUUGUAUUGACAAAAGUACCUGGCCGACUGCAUGGAAACAAGGAGAUGUCACCCCUGUUCACAAAAAAGAUGACGCCGUCAUUAAAACAAAUUAUAGACCGAUCACCAUCUUAUCAUGCAUUCCAAAGCUUUUUGAGAAAAUUAAAUCCGAUCAGUUAUACAAACAUUUCUCUCCAAUCUUUUCAAAUAACAUGUCGGGUUUUCUUCGUGGUCAUUCGUGUGCAACGGCACUUAUUAAGCUGACAGGCGACUUUAGAAAAGCUCUUGAUCAAAAGAAGGAUGUGGGAGUUGUAGCAAUCGAUUUGUCGAAAGCAUUUGACUCCAUAUGCCACAAUUUGUUGAUUGCAAAGCUAAAGGCUUACGGUCUGCCGGACAAUGCGUUGAUGUUAAUGAAAUCUUAUUUAUUUAAACGAAGCCAGAGG